CCAUAAAAUCCCGGAACUUACGGCCUACCGGAACUCGCGGCGAAACACUAUAACAUAUCAAUCUAAGAAUGCUUUAUUUUUUAACAAUAAAUACAAACUGAACCAUAGAAACGUGUUUUUUUCCGUUCGGUUCUUGGUUCGGUCUCUGAUAGCGCAAAAUUUUCUAAUGACCGGCAAUCUAAUAAUGAGAUCCCCUAGACAAAUUGGUCAGAAAUUAUUAAUUAUUUAUUUGGAUUGUUUACAAACACAUUUUUUACCUAAAUUUUAUUUUGUUUAUUUUUUAAAGAAAAUGCCAAUUCCAUUACUCCAAACACCUCCUUACUCAAUUUCUUCUACGGAUAGUGCCAAUUCAUCAUCAAAAGAUGUAAUAACUACUCCAUCCAAUGAAGAAUUAUUUAAUAAACAAACAAAAAAUAAUUUAAAUUCUCCAAAUAUUUAUUGGCAAGAAGAAUUGGAUAAACAAGUAAAAGAAAAGAAAAUGACAGAAAUGGUUGAAGCAGAAAAACGUUUAGAGGAACAGAAAGUUUUGGAACGUGAAGCUAAACUUAAAUUUGAACGUGAAGAGAAAGAAAGAGCAGCUGAGGAACAGAAAAGAACACAGAAAUUUGAAAUUCGAGAUCAAUACAAUCAAGCUUGUUUGGAUGGUAUUCAACAAGCUAACAAAGAGGCAGAAGCUUUAAAACGUGCAAAAUUGUAUCGGCACAUUCUUCUUGAUGGGCAGGCUGAUUUAGAAACUUCUAAGAAAGUGUUAAAAAUUGAUGACGAUCAACUUGUUGUUAAUGUUUUGAGACAAGUUUGUAUUUAG